AAAGACAAAGCUUGACUUAAAUCAACAUCAUUUAAUGUUCCAUGGUUUAAUAACAUUACAAGAUAACCUAUUUUACAGCAAAGUUUAAUGUUGAAUGUUUUCCAUUCUGAACUUACAAACUAUAUUUAAAUACUUUUGAGAGUUGACAACGAAAUAACGAGGAACAGCCUAAAGAUGGACGUAGAGACCAGCAUCCAAGUGGCCGACUAUGUUGUAUGUGUUGUUGUCUUGUUGAUUCCUAUGGCCAUCGGGAUUUUGUUCGCUGUUAAAGACGCGAAAAAGGCGACCAGAGAGGAAUAUUUGUUUGGAGGAAGACGGAUGUCUGUGGUGCCGGUGGCUUUGUCACUUUUCGUCACGUUCAUUUUCUUGAAGAAGACUCAGUCAGCAUACUUUGCUCACCUAAUAAUAUCAAAAGGUCAACAUUCAAUCCAUAGCAUACUUUUAAAUAAAAGAUUCCAGUCUGCCAUUGGAUUGAUGGGAAAUCCCGCUGAUAUUUACAGUUAUAGCGUAAUGGUUAUCACCCUAUAUGGAGGCUACUCGAUCAGCUAUGUUAUUAGUCUGUUCACCAUUGUGCCGCUGUUCUAUUCCCUACAACUGACAAGUAUCUAUGAGUACUUCGAGUUGAGGUUCCACUCACGUGCAGUGAGGAUAUCAGCACUGACCGUUGGUAUGUUACAGACCAUCUGCUACAUGGCUGUAGCUCUCUACAGUCCAGCUCUAGGGCUACAGACAACAGCGAAGAUCCCAUUAUGGAUGUCUAUUGUUAUUGUUGGCAUCAUCGGCACCGUGUACUCAGCUCUGGGUGGUAUCAAGAGCGUUGUCUGGGCGGACGCUUUUCAAUGUUUCGUCAUGUUUGGUGGGGCUCUUCCUGUUAUUAUUGUAGGGGUACAAACUGCAGGAGGAUGGUCAGAGGCGUGGCCACUAGCUUUGAAGGGUGGAAGAGUUUCCUUUGACGUUUUUGACGUUGAUCCAAGAGUAAGACACACCUGGUGGGGUACAACUAUUGGGGCUACUUUCUUAUGGCUUGGUACUACAUUCAACCAAUCAACCAUCCAAAGAUUGUGUGCCAUGAAGACAAUGAGAGACGCUAAGAUUUCCUAUAUAUUAAACAUCCCAAUUAUGUUGGCUUAUGGUGUUCUGAUGUUUUUUGUUGGAUUCGCAAUUUACGUCUAUUUUGCAUUCCUACGCUGUGAUCCUUAUGAAGGCGGUCUAAUUACCAACAGAAACCAACUGAGUCCAUUUUUCGUCAUGCAAGCUUUUCAAGACAUGCCUGGGUUUGCCGGUCUUUUCAUGGGGACGAUGUUUAGUGGGUCUCUCAGUACUAUAUCAUCAGGAAUCAGUGCUUUGGCGGCCAACACAGUUGAAGAUAUUCUAACGAAAUGUCUAAGUGGUUUUAAAGAAAGCAGUAUCACGCAACUAACACAAGUAAUUGUCUGCUUCUAUGGACUUGUCAUUGUUGGACUUGCUUAUGUAGCCGAUUCCUUAGAUGGGCCAGUCACACAGAUGAGUGCAUCAGUUUUUGGAGCCUGUGGGGGCCCUGUGUUUGGGGUGUUUAUACUUGGGGCGUGCAUCCCCUGGAGCAACAAGUACGGCGCCUUAGGUGGAGGUGGGCUGGCUCUUGUUUUCAACGUGUGGUUGGCCAUUUCAGGACAGAUGUAUGGGAGGAAAACUAGACCACUACAACCCCCAUCUAUAGAGAAUUGUUACCCGAACAGCUCAAUGUUGCUAAUGAGAAACUAUUACCACUCUGUUAACCUGACUUCUACAACACCAGCUACUGAACGUAUCCCAAAUGACAAAGACCCAUACAGUUAUGGUUUCUUCUUGUACGAUAUACCCUACGUCUGGUAUGGUUUUAUUGGAUGUUUUGUGGCUUUCAUCUCUGGUGCUCUCAUUAGCUUUUAUUUUAAGAAGUACGACCACACCAAGACUGACCCACGGCUAAUUAUACCAAUAAUUCGCAAGGCGUGGUCUUUGCCUGAGCCAGAAGCUAAACAAGAGGAAAGCUGAGCAACGAUGAAAUGUCGACUCGAAAUUUUAAAUUGCUCUGACAAUGUAAAAUUCGGCACCCCGUCAAAUGAGCGCACGACAAAAGAGCGCCGACAUAAGAGCGCAGACAAAAGAGCGCCGACA